AAGAGGAAGAAUCCGAAGUCCUAACUCUGAAAGGCGAAAACAAAAGAAGGGCCCUGCCCUUUUUGUAUCUGUACCUCUCAAUAUCUUCUUCUCUUACUGCUUCUGUAUCUUUUCCUUUCUCCAUUCUCUUCCCUCUCUUUCCUUUUUUUUUCCUACCAAAAUGGACCCAUCUUCAACAAAACCAGCUCAAGCACCCUCUUCAAUAUUCUUCUAGCUCCUCAUCAUUAUUCUCUCUCUCAAUCAAACCAUCACCAAAACCCCCUCUAUUAUUUCCCCUAAACCUAUUGUCACUUCAACACAUUUUGUACAAAUUUCUAUAUACCUAUACAUACAUACAUAUAUGCAGAUGAGGAUGAGGAUGCAAUGGAGAAGUGGAACCGCCGCAAUCCUCAUCAUCAUCAUAAUAAUAACAAUAACCUCCUUCAACAUUGCUCAUGGUGGCGGUUACCAACAAAACGACAUCGAUGAUGGCAAGGAGAUGAGAAUAGAACUCGUGCACAGGCACGAUUCCCGCUUCUUCCGAAACAGAAACAGCGACAACAAUGGCGCCUUGGAUCAGCUGGAAUACAUAAAAGGAUUCAUCCAGCGAGACGCCGUAAGGCGCCAGAGGAUGAACGAAAGAUGGAGCAUAUCCACCAACAACAAGAAACACAACUUGAAUAACAGAAGACAGAACUAUGAAACGUUCGAAAUGCCAAUGCAGUCGGGCAGAGACAAUGGCCUAGGCGAGUACUUUGUCCAGGUCGAAGUCGGCACCCCCGGCCAGAAGUUCUGGGUGGUUGCUGACACCGGAAACGAGUUAACAUGGUUUAACUGCUUGGAUAAGAAGACUCCUAGCGUUCUUGGUGCGCAUAAGAAGCGUCACCGUCGAACAAGGCCGAGGUCGAGGACGAGGUCAUCAAGGAGAACAAAAAGAAGGAGGAGAAGAAUAAGAAGGCCGAAGAAUACUACUAAUAAACAAUGUGGUGAUGGUGUAUUUUGUCCGCAGCAUUCGAAAUCUUUUGAGGCAGUUACAUGUUCAUCCCUCAAGUGCAAAUUUGAUCUCAGCGAUUUGUUUUCUCUAACUUACUGUCCUAGGCCUUCUGAUCCCUGCCUAUAUGAUAUCAGCUACGUUGAUGGUUCAUCUGCAAAGGGUUUCUUCGGAACGGACACGAUCACAGUAGACCUCACAAGUGGAAAGCAAGGGAAAUUGGAAAACCUGACAAUUGGAUGCACAAACUCCAUGCUGAAUGGUGUAACCUUCAAUGAAGACACAAGUGGAAUAUUAGGACUUGGCUAUUCUAAAGAAUCAUUUGUUGACAAAGCAACACUGCAAUAUGGUGGCAAAUUCUCAUAUUGCCUAGUUGACCAUUUGAGCCACAGAGAUGUCUCAAGUCACCUAUUCUUUGGUAACCACAAUGUCACUACACUAAGUGAAAUCAAGAGAACAGAACUCUUCUUGAUUCCUCCAUUGUAUGGUGUUAAUGUCAUUGGAAUCUCAAUUGGUGACCAAAUGCUGAAAAUCCCACCUCAGGUUUGGGAUUUCAAUUCACAAGGAGGAGCCAUAGUUGACUCAGGUACAACGUUGACCACACUAGUUGACCAAGCAUAUGGUCCUGUUUUUGAGGCACUCAACAAAUCCUUGGCCAAUGUUAAAUUGGCUGAUGGGGAUUUUGGGCCAUUGGACUUGUGCUUUGAUACUUCUCAAGGGUAUGAUGAGAGUGUGGUGCCAAGGUUGGUGUUCCAUUUUUCAGGGGGUGUCACCUUUGAGCCACCAUUGAAGAGUUACAUCAUUGAUGCUGCUCCACAAGUUAAGUGCUUAGGGAUUGUUGAAACAACGGGUCCUGGUGCCAAUGUUAUUGGGAAUAUCAUGCAACAAAACCAUCUCUGGGAAUUUGACUUGUCUCUUAACACGGUAGGAUUUGCUCCUUCUUCUUGCAACUAGUUAAUUUUAUUUAAGUGAAUCGGACUUUUACUAUUAUUUUGGUUAGUCAAAUUUACCUCGCCUAAAGUGGUUAAUUUCAUUUUUGUGUAAGUUUUUCUUUUUAAUUGAUUUUGGCUCCCUCGUUUCCUUGUGGAGAUAGAAGAAACAAUGCACAUUUGGUGUUUGUUUUGAGGUAAAUUAUUACUUGUAAACAUGUGUAUCAUACAUUUAAUUGAAGUUCUUGAGUUGUUUAUGACA